CGUGUCUUACAUUGUGCUAAUUUUCGUGAAAAAUGUGUGAUAUAAACGAUAAUCCGUUGAAAUUGACUGUUAAGUGGAAUGGGAAGGAGUACGAUAUACCGGAGUUUUCACCGUCCGAUUCCGUGGCGAUGCUAAAAAUCGCCAUCGAAAAUGCGACUGGUGUUCGACCCGAAAGACAAAAAUUGCUCAAUGUUAAGUUUCAGGGUAAAGUGGCUACAGAUAAUUUCACGUUAUCAGAGUUGAAUCUCAAACCGAACCUCAAAAUUAUGAUGAUGGGUUCGUUAGAAGAAGCGAUACAAGGAGCCAGAACGAAACCGGAUGUAGGGGACGAGGUGGUUAACGAUUUGGACAUUGAAGAGGAAGAAGUAGACGUGGAAAAUCAAGAAAUAUAUUUAGCGAAAAUAAAUAAAAGGGUGAGAGAUUAUAAAAUUAACGUACUCAAUGAACCUCGGCCAGGAAAGAAACUGUUGGUGCUAGACAUAGAUUAUACGUUAUUUGACCAUAGGUCAGUAGCGGAAACUGGUUACGAAUUAAUGCGGCCGUUCCUCCACGAAUUCCUGACGUCUGCAUAUGAGGACUAUGACAUAGUGAUAUGGUCAGCCACAGGGAUGAAGUGGAUCGAAGAGAAGAUGAGGUUACUCGGUGUGUCUACACACCAGGACUACAAAAUUAUGUUCUAUUUGGAUUAUUUGGCCAUGAUCACUGUACAUUCGGCGAAGUAUGGAACUAUUGAUGUCAAACCACUAGGCGUGAUUUGGGGCAAAUACCCUCAGUACAGUUCGAAAAACACUAUAAUGUUCGACGACAUCAGGCGUAACUUCAUCAUGAACCCAAAAAGCGGUCUCAAGAUUAGACCCUUCAGGCAAGCCCAUCUCAACAGGGAAAGGGACCGAGAGUUACUGCAUUUGUCCACGUAUUUGAGGGAUAUAGCGCAGUACUGCGAGGAUUUUGAUACUUUAAAUCACAAGAAAUGGGAGAAAUACAAGCCCGAUAAGAAUGCUAUGCAACAGGCCGGCAGCAAGCGGAAAGCGGAAGACAGCUCGCCGUCCACACCGAAGCAAUGACGGUAGGCGCCCGCGAGGCACCGCCUUGGCUCACAAGACUGCUAAUACAAGACUUACGUGUUACAGAACGACGCUCAAAACAUGACUCAAUAUCAGCAUAGAUUGAGCUUUUGAUUACUCAAUAAAAACUCAUUUAUUUAUGCAAGUAGGCUUUUAAAAAGCACUUUUACACGUCCCAGUAUUAUCCCUACCACGGCUUCAGGACAAUAAAUGGUUGACGUUGAAAUUUAUUGUUUAGACUAGAUUAGGAUUUAGGAUGCUUGCCGUGAUAAAAUCUUAUGGACGUUUUUAGACGACAAAUGUAUGGGCUUAUCGCAAAAUCGAUAAAAUACCUCGAUAAAUGUUUAUCGUGGCCUGGCAAGGGUCGGCAACCAGAGAUAGGGUUCAAAAGCGACGUGUAAAAGUACUUUUAAAAAAUCUAAUGUGUUUAUCGUAUUUUAUGUUGACCUUAAUGGACAGUGGCGCCAACUCAUUGUAAAAAAAUAUUAACUCUUAGAGUAGGCGCACACCGUUGAUUUUUAGUUGGCCGAUAGUUGUGCCCGAUUUUAAUUUGUAUGAAGAAUCGGCCAAAUCGAAUCGGCGUAGUGUGCGCACUCCCAUACAUGCCCAUACUGAUCAACUGCCCGACUAAACUAUCGGCCGACGAAAAAUCAACGGUGUGCGCCUACUCUUAUGACUUACUUUAAAUUGCGGCUCUCCAGUUUGAAUGGGAAAUAAAGUAUGUAUUUAAAUAAUCCUCUGAGUUGGCGCCACGGUAUAAACGGUCUCUUUAAAAACAGAAAAUUGUUACCUUUGGCUUUUCCACCUCAAAAGGUUACCUUGAUAAAGUCUAAAUCUAUGAGUAAAUUUCAAACCAAUCACAGAACAAAUGCUAUGACUAAGAUUGAAUCAAGUUUUGAGGGUAGUUCUGUAAUACCACAACUAGUGCGAUUCACAUCUACCCGCGUAUUCCGUGCGGCGUGUGAUGUAAUGGACACUUAUCACAAUAUGUAAUACGUAUUUGUAAUUACCCUGUGUUUUUCACUCACUUAUGUUAGAAUAAUAUGACUUAUAAGUAUU